UUUUGUUUUCAGUGAACGGUUCCGUCCAGAACCUGUCUGUCAGAAAUAGUUCUUGAAUGAUGUGUGUACCAGCUGCUUCUUGUUUAGUUUGUCAAACUUCCGUUUUAUGAUUCGUUUCCCUCCAAACUUCGUAACUUUAGCUCAGCUGUGGAGGAAAUCUCGUUGUUUUCAGUUGGUUGGUUCAAAGUUACCCCACAGCAAAAUGUCAGUGGAUACAGACGAAACUCACCAGAGGCUAAAGGCAGCUGUACACUACACGGUGGGUCGUCUGUGUCAGAAGGUCGGAGAGGAGCACCGGAGGGAGUUCAGCCGGCAGGUCGUAGCAGCCAUAGCGGAGACGGCGUUCAGACAGUGUGAUGUAUUUGCUAAAGACCUGGAAGCUUUUGCACGGCAUGCUAAAAGAAGCACCGUCAAUGCCGAGGAUGUAAAACUCGUCGCCCGUCGCAGCACUGCACUGUCCAUCUACAUACAAAAUAAAAGUGAAGAACUGACCCAGGAGCAGAGGGAUUUGAAAAAGAAGAGCACUGGGAAGAGGAAGAGCAGAGACACUGAGGAGGACAGCAGAGAAUAAGGACAGGACAAAGGCAAGCCUGCAGUGUCUCACUCGUGCCCAACAUUCAGACCAACAUGAAGACUGACUAAGACAGUGAGCCAAGUAGUCAUCAAGUCUCUCGGUUACGGGAGCAUUUCAUACAACAUGAGGUUUCCUAUCCUAGUCUCUGCAGGUGUUAGAACAAGCAUCCUCCAGCUGCUGUGUGACCUGCUACUGGACAGUCAAGUGCAUUUGGCACAGAUUUAAAAAACAUUAAAGCCUUAUUUUUAAAGUA